AUGUUCUUCUUCUUUGUGUGCGGCGAGCAUACGUUCCGCAAGCCUGUUGAGGGCUAUGAGGGUAUGGUCUGCCAGUGCUACAACUGCGGCAACAUGGCUGGUCAUGUCAUUAAGAGCCAUCCUUGGUUCACCUUUUGUUGGAUUCCCGUCAUCCCCCUGUCGUUCAAGGGCUAUACCGAUGUCGUCUGCCACAUCUGCAACUUUGCCCAGCCUCUCGAGAAUCGUCCCGAUGUCACGGCUAUGAAGGGCGGCGGUCAAAUGCCUCCUCCCCCCGUCCACGGACAGCCUCCUCAGGGAUGGGGACAGACGCCGCCUCAGUACCGAUGA